UCUCUCUCCAUCUCCGAGUUAGGGCACUCGUUUUGGGAUAAAAAUCUCAUCUUUCUUUCGUAUCGAAGUUGAAAUCGCCUAGAAUCAGAGAAAUGGGUAUCUCGAAUUGGGUUUUCUCAGUACUUUCUGUAGCUAUCCUCUUCGUUUCUUGCUCUUUUGCUCUCACUCUCGAUGGGCUUGCUCUGUUGGAGCUGAAAAGCGGAUUGAAUGAUACGAGGAACUCCCUUGAGAACUGGAGAGAUUCAGACGAGUCUCCUUGUUCCUGGACUGGCGUCUCCUGUCAUCCUCAAGACCAAAGAGUCGUUUCUAUAAACUUACCUUACAUGCAACUAGGAGGGAUAAUAUCUCCUAGCAUUGGAAAACUUAGUAGAUUGCAGAGACUGGCACUUCAUCAGAACAGCUUACACGGGACAAUUCCUAAUGAAAUCACCAAUUGCACUGAGCUCAGAGCUAUGUAUUUGAGGGCUAAUUAUCUUCAAGGCGGCAUUCCACCAAAUAUCGGCAAUCUCACGUUUCUUACUAUAUUGGAUCUAUCAAGCAAUACAUUGAAGGGUGCUAUUCCUCCUUCAAUUAGUCGACUGACACGUUUACGCUCCUUGAAUAUGUCGACCAACUUUUUCUCUGGAGAGAUCCCAGAUAUCGGAGUUCUCAGCAGAUUCGGGGCUGAAUCAUUCACCGGUAAUUUGGAUCUUUGCGGACGCCAAAUUCACAAGCCAUGUAGAUCAACAAUGGGUUUCCCUGUUGUUCUUCCUCAUGCAGAAAGUGAUGAUGAAUCAGAUCCUCCAAAACGAUCUUCCCGCUUGAUUAAAGGAAUUUUGAUAGGAGCAAUGUCUACAAUGGCUCUUGCAUUCAUUGUGAUCUUUGUGUUCCUAUGGGUUUGGAUGCUCUCAAAGAAGGAAAGAACAGUGAAGAAGUACACAGAAGUCAAUAAACAAAAAGAACCAUCUGAAACGAGUAAAAAGCUUAUUACUUUCCAUGGAGAUCUUCCAUACUCCUCGACUGAGCUAAUCGAGAAGCUGGAGUCUCUAGACGAAGAAGACAUUGUGGGUUCGGGAGGAUUUGGCACGGUUUAUCGAAUGGUGAUGAACGAUCUUGGAACUUUUGCUGUCAAGAAGAUAGAUAGGAGCCGAGAAGGAUCAGACCGAGUUUUCGAGCGAGAGGUAGAGAUUUUGGGAAGUGUCAAACACAUCAAUCUAGUGAACCUACGCGGAUACUGCCGCUUACCGACUUCAAGACUUCUCAUCUAUGAUUAUUUAACUGUGGGCAGCUUAGACGAUCUUCUCCAUGAACGAGCUCAAGAAGACGGUUUGUUGAAUUGGAACGCGCGUUUGAGAGUAGCGCUAGGUUCUGCGAGGGGUCUAGCGUAUUUGCACCAUGACUGUAGUCCCAAAAUAGUUCACCGUGACAUAAAAUCAAGCAACAUUCUACUCAAUGAUAAACUAGAACCUCGAGUCUCGGACUUUGGUCUCGCAAAGCUUCUUGUUGACGAAGAUGCUCAUGUUACCACCGUGGUAGCUGGCACCUUUGGCUAUCUUGCUCCAGAGUAUCUGCAGAAUGGUAGAGCGACAGAGAAAUCUGAUGUCUACAGCUUUGGAGUUCUUCUGCUUGAGCUCGUUACCGGAAAAAGACCAACAGACCCGACAUUUGUUAAAAGAGGUCUAAACGUCGUCGGAUGGAUGAACACUUUGUUGAAAGAGGAUCGAUUAGAGGAUGUAAUGGACAAGAGAUGUAUCGACGUAGACGAAGACUCUGUUGAGGCAUUGAUUGAGAUAGCUGCCAGGUGUACAGCUGCUAACCCGGAGGACCGGCCGGCUAUGAACCAGGUGGUUCAAUUGCUUGAGCAAGAAGUAAUGUCGCCGUCUUCUGCGAUCGAUUACUACGAUGAUUCCCAUUCUGAUUACUGUUAAUUAGGGCUUAUGCGAGGCUGAAACUAACCGGAAUAUCUUAAGCAUGCGCCGGUUGUUUUUUCUUUUGCUUGCAUUAUGAAUAUGAUUUUGGAUCGAGGGUUGUGUUUGUACAUUGGAAUUGAAGAUGGAGUAAGA